CCUGCUCACAGACGCCUGGCGAGCAGGGCAGGAGGAGGCCAGGGACCCACUGCAUGUGAGGGGCAGGGUGUAUGCGUCUCUGGGCUCGCUGCAGGGCUGGCAAGGCAGGGAGAGGGAUGCCCAGCCUGAGGGACAGAGCCACGAAGAAGAGCAGCUGGCACGUGGAUGGACAGAUAGGUGGGCGGAUGGAAGGACUGAUGGAAAUUGCCCGACAGGAGGAGGGGAAACAGGAACCGAGCGACAGAGAGGCCGGCUUUUAAUGUAGAUGCAUACAGUGGCUUGAGGCUAGUGAAUGCGAAGAGGAAGGCAGGUGGGGCUUCUCAGAGCCUGCUUCUCAUCUUGCAUACACGGUUCCUGACCUCAGCUGUAUCCUGACUUACCCAGUUAUGGAUGCCUUUGCCGGAGCUCCUCGAUUCCUCGCCUACCCACGCACUUCCACAGUGCAAAGUGGUGCCAAUGCAGUACUGAAGUGGCAAGUUGCUGGCGAGCCACUUCCCAGCAUUGCCUGGGAGAAGGAUGGUUCUGAGCUGGAGCUCCCAUCAGGCCGGAUGUUUGUGGAGGCCAAUGGGGAUGCAUAUAGCCUGCUUGUGUCUCAGGCUGGACCAGCUGACAGUGGGCGCUAUGUUUGCAAAGCUAAGAACUGUGUGGGUGAAACCUAUGCAGCUGCUACUCUCAAAGUGGAGGCAGCAGAGCUGAAACCCAAAGGACAGCUUGACACCCAGCCUCCAGUCUUCCUGAAUAAGCCAGUCUCUGCACGGGUGACCCAGGGAGAGGACGUGACUUUCACCUGUAGGGUCUUGGGGCAGCUUGAGUGGGAAAAGGAUGGGCGCAAACUGUCAGAGAUCUUUGAGAGCAGCCAUUACAAAGUGGACAUAGAGUCGGGUGACUGGCACUCUCUUCAUAUCUACAGCACCCGUCUCCCAGAUGCGGGUGUCUAUGUAUGUCGGGCACAAAACAGCUUUGGAGAGACCAUGGCUGCAGCAGUGCUCCUAGUGGAUUCCGUGCUCUUCGUGCCCCAUGAUAAAUCCCCAAACUGCCAUUUCAAGAAACAGCCAGAGGCACAAGAUGAUAAAAGACGGCAACGUCAUCCUGGGCAAAAUGUGUUGCCAGAAGCCAGGCAAAAUGGAGAAGUGCUCCCCAGCCUACCUACCGCAAAGGUCUUUACUGUGAACGAAGGGAAGCAUGCCAAGUUCCGCUGCUACGUCACUGGCAAGCCCAAGCCAGAGAUUGUCUGGCAGAAGGAUGGGAAGGUGCUCUCUCCUGGAAGGAGGCACCUGCUCUAUGAGGACAGGGAGGGCUACUUUAUCCUCAAGGUGCUUUAUUGCACCGCACGGGAUUGUGGGCUUUAUGUUUGUACAGCCUGCAACACAGCUGGCCAGACGCUCAGUGCUGUGAAACUCCAUGUGAAAGAGCCCCGACUCUGCUUCCAAGCACCUUUGGUGGAUGUGGAAGUGUUGGAACGCCAGGAUGCGGUAUUGGAAUGCCAAGUGCCUCUAGAGAACAUCCCUACAGUGUGGUAUCUUGAAGACAAGCGUCUACAGCCCAGUCCCAAGUACCUGAUUGAGGAGCAGGGCCUGCUGCGGCGGCUGACAGUGAGAGACGCCCGGACAGAUGAUGAUGGCAUCUACCUGUGUGAGAUGGAGGGUAAAGGACGCAGUGUUGGGGAGCUCUCAGUGCAAGGCCUGAUAGUAAAGCGGUUGCCUCGAAAGCUGGAUGUAAUGGAAGGGGAGAAUGCUGCCUUCUAUGUGGAGACCCGGGAACCGGUGGAAGUGUCAAGUUGGGACCGUAAUGGGCAAGAACUGGUGGAGGCACCUCACACUCUCAUCAGAAGCUUUGGUAAAACCCAUCUUCUGGUCCUGGUGCAUGUGUCACGACACGAUGCUGGAGUCAUCACUUUCAUGGCGGGCGAGUCGCAAACUUCAGCACAGCUCCGGGUUAAAUGUGCCAAGAGGAUCCCUCCAAGUGCCCCUGUGGCAGUGAGGAUGUGCACGGCACGCAGUAACGCUGCCCUCCUGACUUGGUGUCCACCCCCUGAUGUGCACCGUAGCCCCCCGAGCAGCUACAUCCUCGAGAGGCAGACUGUGGGAGAGGCUGAGUGGGUGCCUUGCCUCACGACUGAUGUUGCCAGCAUGGUCGAAGUGCCAGGGGACAGUGUGCCCCAAGAGGCCGACUACCGCUUCCGUGUGUGUUCUGCCAAUCAGUAUGGGUGCAGUGAGCAUGUGGAGUUCCCGGGCUCUGUGCAUCUUGUCUCCAGGGCCCGUGUACAAAGGGGACUACAAGAUGUUACAGUUCAUGUUGGGGAGGAUGCUACUUUCUCAGUGCAGCUUUCAGCCAUCACAUGUGGUUGCUGGUUCUUGAAUGGGAAGAGGCUGGAGGAGGAGGAGGAGGAGGAAGGCCAGCAGUACCAGAUCACACACAAUGGAGUGGAUCAUGCUUUGAAGAUCAGAGGUGUGCAGCUAACAGCCAGUGGGUCUGAAGUGAGAUUUGAGGCCAAUGGUGUGAAGGAAGGUGCUGUACUGCAUGUAACAGCCCCGAAGGUACAUAUCACCCCAGUGCCUGAGGCCAGGCGCUCCCGAGCACUUCUGGCUGGGAUGCCUCUGCUCCUGGAGUGUGAGGUCUCUAUACCUGAUGCUCCUGUCUGUUGGUUCAAAGAAGGGAAUCCUGUGGCCCUGGAUGGUGGUGGCCUGGUGGUCCAGUCUGAAGGCUACAUGCGCAAGCUCUUAAUCUCCUCAGUCUGCUCUUCAGACUCUGGGAUGUAUACAUGUGAUGCAGGAGAUGAUUCCAUCAGCUUCAUGGUUACUGUGGAUGAACCACCUCUGCAGGUUGUCCACUCCAAUGCUGAAGAGGCCCAUGCCUACCAGGUCUCGGAGCGUGUGAUGCUGUCCUGUGAACUGUCCCACCCUGGGGUUCCUGUGCAUUGGUACAAGGAUGGGGAGGCAGUGGAGGAAAGUGAGGCCCUCCUGCUGGAGAGCGAGGGGCCCCACCACCGUCUGGUCAUUCCCUCAGCACAGGCGCAAGAUGCAGGGGAGUUUGUUUGUGACAUAGGCAGAGAUUCCAUCUUCUUCAACGUCACUGUUACAGAACCUCCAGUAAGUGUGCUACGCUCCAAUGCCGAGGAGGCCCAUGCCUACCGUGUGUCAGAACGUGUAGUCCUGGCCUGUGAGCUGUCCCGCCCCGGUGUUCCUGUGCGCUGGUACAAGAAUGGGGAAGAGAUCAGCGAAAGCAAUGGCUUCCUGCUGGAGAGUGAGGGUGCACACCACCGGCUGGUCAUCGCCUCUGCACAGACCCACCAUGCAGGAGAAUUUGUGUGCGAUGCCGGGGGUGACUCUGCCUUCUUCAACAUCACCGUCACGGAGCCGCCUGCGCAGGUUGUUUAUUCCAAUGCAGAUGAAGCCCAUGCCUAUCAGACCUCAGAGCGUGUGGUAUUGGUCUGUGAGCUGUCCCGCCCUACUGCUCCUGUGCGCUGGUACAAAGAUGGGGAUGAAGUAGAAGAGAGCGAGAGUCUUCUGCUAGAGCAUGAAGGUUCCCGCCACCAGCUGGUCAUUGCCUCAGCCCGGAUGCAAGACACAGGAGAGUUUGUGUGUGACAUAGGCAGCGACUCAGUUGUUUUCAAAAUUACUGUCACAGAACCUCCUGUACGGGUGCUGCACUCCAGCGCAGAGGAAGACCAUACCUACCAGGCUGGAGAACGUGUGGUGCUGUCCUGUGAGCUGUCUCGCCCUGGGGUCCCCGUGCACUGGUACAAGGAUGGGGAAGAGGUGGAGGAAAGCGAGGGCCUCCUGCUGGAGAGCGAGGGCUUCAAGCACCAGCUGGUCAUUCCGUCAGCACAGGUGCAAGAUUCUGGGGAAUUUGUGUGCGAUGCAGGUGGUGAUUCCGUGUUCUUCAACAUCACUGUCACAGAGCCACCUGUGCAGAUUGUGCACUCCAAUGCAGAUAUGGCCCAUACUUACCAGGCUUCAGACCGUGUGGUGCUCUUCUGCGAGUUGUCCCGUCCCAGUGCUCCUGUCUGCUGGUACAAGGAUGGGGAGGAACUAGAGGAAGGUGAAGGGUUACUUUUCGAGAGUGAAGGGUCCCACCGGCGGCUCAUCCUUUCCUCAGCACGGGUGCAAGACACAGGCGAAUUUGUGUGUGACACAGGCAGUGACUCGGCCUUCUUCGUUGUUACUAUUGCAGCUCCCAAGGUACACAUCAGUCCAGUGCCAGAGGCCCAGCGCCUCCAGACAAUCCUAGCUGGGAUGCCUCUCCUCCUGGAGUGUGAGGUCUCUGCCUCAGAUGCCCCUGUCCAGUGGCUCCAGGAUGGAGAGCCUGUGUCCUUGGAGGAUGGCCACCUCACUGUCCAAGCUGAGGGCUGCAUUAGGAGGCUGCAGAUCCAUUCAGCCUGCCCCCUGAAUUCUGGGACAUACACAUGCAAGACAGCUGAUGACUCUGUAGCUUUUGCUGUGACUGUGGAUGAGCUGCCUGCUCAAGUUGUGCGCUCCAAUGCAGAGGCGGCCCACAUUUACCAGGUCUCAGAGCGUGUGGUGCUGUCCUGUGAGCUCUCCCGCCCUGGGGUUCCCGUGUGCUGGUACAAGGAUGGGGAAGAAGUGGAGGAAAGCGAGGGCCUCCUGCUGGAGAGCGAGGGGCCUCAUUGCCGUCUGGUCAUUCCUGUGGCCCAGGCUCAGGACACGGGGGAGUUUGCUUGUGAUACGGGUGGCGACUCCGUCUUCUUCAAUGUCACCAUCACAGAGCCCCCAGUGCGGAUUUUGCAGCCAGCCGAGCGUUCCCUGGAGAAGCAGGUGUGGGCAUUUGAGCGCCUGGAGCUGAGCUGCCAAGUGUCACAUGCCACUGCCCCUGUGCGCUGGUUCAAGGAUGGCCUGGAGGUGGAUGAGACUCACAACCUGUUGCUUCAGGUGGAGGGUGCUGAGCGUCGUCUGGUUGUCCUGCAGACUAGUGCUGAAGAUGCUGGUGAAUACAUCUGUGAGACCAAGGAUGAUUCUGUCUCCUUUGAUGUCAGGGUUUCAGAGCCCCCUGUGAAGAUCGUGCAGCCCUGCAGGACUCCUUCUGUCCUGAAAGCCUCAACGGGGGAGACAGUGACCCUGGCCUGUGUGCUCUCCCAUGGGAAUGCGCCUGUCCACUGGGUUAAGGAUGGUGUCACGCUCAAGGCCAACAGCGGCCUUGUCCUGGAGGAAGAGGGUGCCCGGCGGUGCCUGGUCAUCCCUGCCGCUGGCCCAGAGCAUUCUGGGAAGUACAUCUGCAACGCUGCUGAUGAUACCAUGGCCUUCACCAUCCAGGUGUCUGACCCCCCAGUGCAGAUUGUGGGGCGUGAUGAGCUGCAAACACACCACUGUUGCCUGGCUUCGGAGGACUUGACACUAUCAGUGACGCUGUCUUGUUCCAAAGGAGAGGUAAAGUGGUACAAGGAUGGGGAGAAGCUGCAGGACACAGACCAUGUGCGACUAGAGCAGGAUGGGACACGCCAUUCGUUGGUGAUUCUGGGCGCAGAAUGCAGUGAUGCAGGGGAGUAUCUGUGUGACAGUGGUGACGACAGCCUCAUCUUCUAUGUCACAGUGGAGGAGCCUCCCAUCUCCAUUGUGGGAAACACAGGGCCAGAACAGCACUGCUUGGCAGCAGGAGAAGCUCUAGUCUUACCUUGCAAGGUGUCUUCACCCAGUGCCGCUGUGCGCUGGUUGCGAAAUGGAGAGGAGCUAGUAGGCAGCAAGCGUGUUCACAUUGAAGCCCACGGAAGCCACCGGCAGCUCACCAUCCUUGGAGCCAAGCCAGCCGAUUCAGGCUCUUACGUGUGCGAUGCUGGCACUGACCGGAUGGAGGCCACAGUACAAGUGGCAGCACCCCCUGUGCACAUAGUGAAUAAGGAUGAUGCCCAGCUGCCUGUGGAAGUCCAGGAAGGAGAAACUAUGACACUGGUUGCCCGACUCUCCCAAGAGAAGGCUUCUGUUCAGUGGAUGAAAAACAUGAAGCCACUUUACCCUGGGCCACGCAUAGUGAUGAGCAGUGAAGGGCUGGUGCGUAGUUUAACCAUCCGGCAAGCUGAGCCAGGAGACAGCGGCAUCUUCAGCUGCAGUACAGGAGAUGAUGAGGUGCAUUUCAACACAUACGUGCAAGAGGCCCCAGUACUGUUUGUGCCAAAGCCAGAGCAUCCAGAGAAGGUGCUGGUGCUAGAGGGGGGCAGUGCAGUGCUCUCAGCCAUUGUCUCCAAGGAGCCAGCAGUGGUGAGCUGGGAAGGACCCCGAGGUGCCCUGGCGCCGGGCGAGCACUGCCAGCUGCGCAGAGAAGGCCGGGUGCACAGCCUCCUGCUCAGCAACGUGGUCAAGGCUGAUGCUGGCGAGUACAUCUGUCAUUCUCCUCAAGACCAGCUGCAUUUUGAGCUUAGCGUUAAAGAACUGCCAGUGAAGUUUGUUCGGGGCCUGUCAGAUGUGUCAGCCCUGCAAGGGGAGACAGUGCUGUUUUGGUGUGAGCUGUGCAAAACCAAGGGUGACGUAGUGUGGCUGAAAGAUGGGCAGGAGCUGGAACCCAGUGAACACCGGGAGAUCCGAGCAGAGGGACGGGAGCGCUCCUUGACCCUGAGCCAUGUGGGGCCUGAGGAUGCUGGAGAGUACUCAUGUGAGAGCAAGGACGACCGCACCCUGGCCAUCCUCACAGUCCAGAUCCCUAGGCUGGUGGAGCUAAUUUCUGAGCUGCACAACUUAACCGUGCUGGAGGGUGAUGAUGCCACCUUCAAGGUUGUGGUGUCUCCAGACGACGUAGCUUUGAAGUGGCAGCUAAACGGCCAAGACGUGGUGCCCAGCGAGCGGUUAGCCACAACCAAGAAUGGACUGUGCCACACCCUCGCCAUACGACAUUGUCGACUGAGUGACACGGGCAUAGUCACUGUCCACGCAGAAGGCCUGUCUAGUUCAGCCAGGCUCAGCGUGCAAGAGGCUCAGGUGCUGUUUGUGCAGACUCUGCGCGACUUGGUGGCUGAGGAGGGUCAGGAUGUGCGCUUGGCGGUGGAGCUGAGCUUGGAGAGCGCUGAGGUGCAGUGGAUGAAGCAAGGCGUUCUGCUCCAGCCGAACACAAAAUACCUGAUGGAGGCACAGGGGUCUCGGCGGGCCCUCACCAUCCACAACGUUGAGCUUGCGGACCGCGGCACCUACCGCUGUGAGAGCCUGCAUGACCGCACCCAAGCCAAGCUGAGCGUGGAGCCCCGAAAGGUGACAGUGAGGAAACCACUAUCAGAUGUGGAGACUUUUGAGAAGGAGACGGUGACCUUUGAGCUUGAGCUAUCCCAUGCCAACAUAUCUGGGGUCUGGACACGGGAUGGCGUCCGUGUGAAGCCCAGCUCCACCUGCCGCGUCAGUGCCAUGGGCUGCACACACAGUCUGACUCUGCUGGGGCUCACACUAGAUGACUCGGGGACAGUGGCCUUUACUGCUGACACCGUGCGGAGCAGCGCCCGCCUUAUGGUCCGAGAGCCACCAGUUACCAUGCUGCGCUUUCCCCAGGAUUUGGGCAUCCCUGAGACGGGAUCAGCCACUUUUGAGUGUGAACUCUCCCAGCCCUUGGCCGAAGUGAAGUGGUUCAAGGAUGGGGAGCAGAUCCAGACAGGGCCCAAUUGCCGGAUGUAUUCAGUGGGACGCCGGCGCCUUUUGCAGCUCAAUCACUGUAGCCUUGAAGAUGCGGGCGAGUAUACGUGUGAUGCCGGUGACUGCCGUGCCUCUGCCAAACUGCGGGUCUUUGAGCGCCAGGUUCAGAUUGUGCGGGAGUUGGAGGACGUGCGUGUGCGGGAGAAUGAGAAUGCUGUUUUCAUGUGUGAGGUGUCGCUUGAGGAUGUGAAGGGUGAGUGGUUCCGGGAUGGAGAAAGGAUCAAAGUCACGAGCACUGUGAAAAUCCGACAGGAAGGAACCCGGCACUUCCUCCUUCUGUGCUGUGUCCGUCCUGAGGAUGCAGGCCUGGUCCGUUUUCUAGCCAAGGCAGCCACUUCUGAAGCUCGCUUGGAAGUGGAAGCCCUUCCCAUUCGCAUUGUGAAGCCACUGCGGGACAAGACUGUACUAGCACGGCACAAAGCCACGCUGGAAUGUACAGUGUCUCAGUCCCGUGGGCGCGUGCGCUGGUUCCGUGGUGACAAAGAAAUCUUUGCUGGUCCCAAGUAUGAGAUCUGCAACUUGGACUGUUACCGAACCCUCGUUAUCCACUCCGUUGAGCCUGCUGACGAGGGUCUCUACACCUGUGAUGCACUGGAUGACUGCUCCACAGCCUGUCUGCUAGUGGAGGCUGAAGGGAUCCAGGUGGUACGGGCCUUGCAGAAUGUGGAGGUGGUGGCUCCCUCUGAAGCUCGGUUUGAGUGUGAAAUAUCUGCUCCUGCAUCCUGUGCCCCCCAAUGGAGCCUCAAUGGAGAGGAGUUACAGCCGAGCUCGUGGGUGCAAAUGGAGAGUGUGGGACACAUCCAUAGGCUGAGGCUCUGCCAAACCGCACCCAGCAUGAGUGGAAUGGUAAAGGUUACCGUGGGUAAUGCCCGCUCAAAAGCCCACCUCACAGUCCGAGAACACUAGCAUCUGGAAGGCUCCGAGUGUGGGAGAGCCAUGGGUAACCAUCAAAGGUCCAGGGCCACCGAGGGCAAGCAGUAUCAGCAAGUUGGAGACAGUUACAUGGACAGUUAGAAUUACCUGGACACAGACAUUUCCUCUUCUUGUCUUCCUCUUCUGUAUGGCAAGGGAAACAGGUUCUGCCUUAGUAAAUGCUCUCAAUUCCUGA